AUGGACCACGUGUUCCGACAGCGUAGGAUUAGCAUGCCCAAGCGAACAAGCGAGCUUGUGGCGCUGGUCGCAGUUUCAUGCACCCUGUUCUUAUUCUUGCACACUCGGGAUCUAAGCACCAAACUACGUCGUAUGCAAGGACGACUUAACGAUGACGUCACAGCGUUCCAUCACCUCACAGAGAAAAUUCAAACUGACAGAACCGAACUUGCGUAUGCGUCAGCACAAGAAUUUAAAGAAGCUCUUGAAGCUAUAAGGAGGAACACCGGAGCGGAACGUAGCAAGCCACAAAGAACAUUGGAGGCAGAAAUACCAAGAUCACAGGAAGAAGUCGAAUUGGAAAUAAUCGAUGAUAUGACAAUACCAGAGCCAUGGGAGCUAAAUAAUACGGCGCGAUCUGAAAUCGAGCUAUUGUUCUUCAAUCGUGUGCCUAAAGUUGGCAGCCAGACAUUCAUGGAGUUGCUGCGACGACUGGCCAUUAGAAACCAGUUUGGGUUUAAUCGCGAUGCAGUCCAGCGAGUGGAGACGAUACGCCUGGCGCCGGCUGAUCAGCAAAUCCUCGUAAGCUUAGUUUCGGCGCAUACACCACCCGCCUCCUACAUCAAACACGUCUGCUACACGAACUUUACAAGGUUCGGAUAUCCGUCUCCGAUUUAUGUAAAUGUGGUGCGCGAUCCUGUGGAGCGCGUCAUCUCGUGGUAUUACUAUGUGAGAGCGCCCUGGUACUACGUGGAGAGGAAGAGGGCGUUCCCAGACCUGCCUCUACCGGAUCCCGCGUGGUUAAAAAAGGACUUCGAAACGUGUGUGCUGAGUGGAGACCGUGAAUGUCGCUACGUAGAGGGCGAGACGCACGAAGGAAUUGGUGACCAUCGUCGACAGACAUUGUUCUUCUGUGGACACGAACCGCAGUGCACGCCAUUCAACAGCAACGAAGCCUUGCAACGCGCUAAGCAGGUGGUAGAGCAGCAGUACGCGGUGGUGGGAGUUCUCGAGGACAUGAAUGCCACGCUGCUGGCGUUUGAACGUUACAUACCUCGAUUUUUCCGGGGUGCCUUGCGGCUUUAUUGGGAAGAGUUGAACACGUUUAACAGAAUCAACCGAAACGCUUUCAAGCCUCCAGUGUCAGAGGCAGUAAAGCAAAUUGUUCGCGCAAACUUCACGAGAGAGAUCGAGUUCUAUGAAUUCUGCAAACAGCGCCUCUACACACAGCUGCGGGCUCUUAGAGAUCCCACCAUCACCCUGCCGGUCACCAUGGGAAGCAUAAAGAAACCAAUACGAACGGACUUCCACGACAAUUAUUUAAGAACAUAA